AAAGUUUAACAGCUUUUGCAUAGUCCAGAAGAAUUUAAUAGUGGUUGAGGUUAAUUUUGCCAGUGAAAGAAAAAUGUUUGAAAUUUAAAUUAUGCAGAUAGCUGAAUUCUUAAAUUUGAAUCCCUUAAUUCUGUAUGGAGUGUCAUCCUGAGGCUUUUUAUAAUAGUCAUGAAAUUGAGUGGGUCUUUACUCAGAUUAUUUACAUACAACUUUUUCUGUGCUCAGUGACAUUUAAGUCUAUUAUGAGCAAAGUGCCAUAAGCAACUUUCCUAUUGUAUUGAUUAGAUUUAAUUCCAGAAUAACAUGUACUUCUGUCCUCUUCGUAUGUUCUUAUUAACUGUGAAAUAAGCCAUAAUAAAUCACAACAGUAACCUAUCCCUUGUUUCACUGGAUAUUUUUGGCUGAAUUUAAUAUUUUUCUUUUUAAUUUUAUUUUUUACCAGAAGUUCUGCUAAUGAAAAUUGGGUAAGUGGACACAUAUAUGUCCUUUAUCUUCAGUGAUGGGAUUCACAGAUCUUUACUCUAUAAACCACAACUUUGAAAAACUAUUUAUUAUGAUCUUAGAAAGUGUAUGGAUAGGAGAGAUGCCAGAAUUUCUAAAAAUUAUAACUAGAGAAAUGAGGAUGUGUGAAACUGUGGAUUAGUUUACAGAUGUGAUGAGAUUCAGACAAGGGUGUUGAUGACACUCUCAUAGCCAGAGCACACAGUGGCACAGACAAUUCCUAGCUGAUCGGUCACAGGAGUUGAUGGAAGUGGUUUAGAGAACCACCGCUGACAUGGGCAUCCCUGAUCUGCAGCCCAGCAGGCAGCACCAGCGGGACCAGAGAGGGCACGGGGAGGCGUGCAGGUCCAUCAGUCCAUCUCCGUCUGAGCUGGGCACAGUAGUGCUCAUUUCCUGCAGCCCAGAAAAACAGGAGUUCCUGUUCCACCAAGUGUGCAGGGGUCUUGCCCCUCAGAAUAAGCCAGAGCUGCAGAAAGUGAUGGAAAAGAGGAAACGAGAUCAAGUAAUAAAACAGAAGGAAGAGGAGGCACAAAAGAAAAAAUCUGACUUGGAAAUAGAAUUGUUGAAACGGCAGCAGAAGUUGGAACAGCUUGAAGUUGAGAAGCAGAAAUUGCAAGAAGAGCAAGAAAAUGCCCCAGAAUUUGUGAAGGUUAAAGGCAAUCUCAGGAGAACAGGCCAAGAAGUGGUUCAAGCGCAGGAGUCGUAAACCCAGCCCAUCACACCCAAGCUGUGCGCAGGUGCUUGCUUAGCAGUUCAUCUCAGGGCAGGAAACCCCUGGAGAGAAUCCCAGCCAGCAGAGAAUUGCUACGUUAAAAAGGAUUUGGUUUAGGUUUUCCUACAAUCUAAGUGGAUUAAUUACCUGUGACAGUUGUAGUUCCUAUUCGCUGAAUGAGGAUGUUGACCAGCACUUAAGUUGGGAUCACAGACUGGUGUUCAAAGACUUAAAGAAAACCACAGUAACAAAGGAAGAGGACACUGGAAAAAAUUUUUGAGAGUUGCACUGCUUAGCUUUUCUUCCAAUCCAAGUUUAAUGGGGCACAAAGCUUUUUUUCUUUUAAAACUUAAAUAAAAUAUGUUUUGUUCUUCCUUUAGUUAUGUUAGAUAAUUUAGAUCACAUAGAAAUAAAUGCAUUUGAUCUGUUACUUCCAAUAUUUGUAGAUUCUGUUCUCAGAAUCUGAAAUUUCCUUCUUCAUACUUUCACCCAAGUUAGAAUUAACACCUGAGUUAAUGUUGAUAUUUAGCACAGCUACUUCGUUAGCAUGAAGAUUCAGAAACAGAGUGAGAAGGUUUAAAAAUACGUUAAAAAAUAUAUGUAAACAUCCAUCUUGAUCUUAUUUUAGCUCCUUAUGGUUCUCCAAUGCUAGCAUGCACCAUGGUAACAUUGUAGUUCAGAGAAGGCACAUCAUAUCAAUUCAUUUAUUACUUUGAUAACUAUUAGGGUUUUUGUUUUGUUUUUCAAACAAGCUAAACUAGUCCUUUAUACAAAAUAAUUACUCUAUCGUUCAGAGAAUAAAUGCUAUCCAUAUAUGACAAACUUCCUUUUCAGAAUUAAAGGUCCAAAUCAUUUGAUUUCUUCCGAGAGCAGUGUGGGGAAAGCUCUGAUUGGGAGCUAGGCAAGGAGUUCUUUGGGUAUUUUAAUGUGAAACAAAUAUAGAUUGGUCUGAAGGAGACCUGGCUGGAAGAUUUAUAGCAUUUGUACAUUGUGAAUAUUAUUAGAAUCCAAGCUUUGAAGAUUUCUGAUUAAUGAUUACAUAUUUCUUUGCCUUUGUUUUUCUUGUGAAGAGAGACUGUUUCUCCACUGUCUUGGUGAUGAUGGUGCCGUUGGCGAUGGUGACGCUGAUGACUCCUGGGCUGUGUCUCAGGAACAGCUGAAGCGAAGGGAGGGGCUGCUCAGUGUCUGCAUGCUGGUUGGCGUGCACUUCUACGUGAAGUUUGAAUUAUGAAUAACAGCAAAAUUCUUACCCAAAAUCUAUUUUAUACUGCUGGGAUAGGUGGGGGUACAUUCUACUUGAGUGACUCUGGAAGAAUUUGUGUGGGUUAUAUUCUCCAGGGAGACAAUUCAGCCAGUCAUUUCUAUAUUACAGACUUCCUACACUUCCACUAAAGGCUAAUAGAGAACUGGAUCCCAAACUUUUAGAUCCUUAAUAAACAUAGUAGAAAUCAGCUUUCUAUGGGAAUGCUGUAGUUUUCAUAGUUGACAGGCUCACAUUUCAUCCUAAUGUGCACAAGAUCAAAGUAAAUGCAAAGAUAACAUACUACUAGUUAGACAUGUCGAUUACACCUGAAAUGGAUUACUUCUUUCAUCAGUAAGUAUUAUUUGAAUAAGAUAUGGAUGCUUACAGUAAAAUGAUACUCUAUAAUAGUCUGCCUUUGAAGGAUGGAAUGGUAACUAUUUUGUUCCAUGAUUCUUCCUUUUGAAGAAAGCGUGUUAACUGAUCAUCUUGAAAGUACAUAUCUGAUUACACAUUGACUAGAGUUCUUUCUUUGUGUAUAUGUACUAAUGAUGUGACUUGUAAAGUGAAGAUUCAGGACUGGCUCAUAGCCUUUUACCUAACCUGAUGGUAAAUCUUAAAUCCUAUGUCCUUGAAGCAACUGCCACUUGGUAGAAUUCCCAAGGGCCCUGACAGGUUCCUUUAGAAGGACCAAUUCUGCUCCUAGAACUUAACUAGAAUUUAUUCUUCACUGGGAAAAAAAGUAAAUGACAAAAGCAUUUCCCUCCCAAUCUCACUCACAAAUCUGCAAAAUUAAUGUGUAGUUAGUAGUACAAGGUCUGGCCAGAAGAAGACAUGUAAAUGGUAUGAGGUGAUGUCUUACAGCCAGACAGUGGGAUGUACAGGUAGUGAGGCUCUUAAGGGUUCAUAAGCCUGAGUUUCAAAAGGCAUCAGUCUCCCCAACACUUUAAUACUGUGCAGUCCAAACCCCUAGGACUCAUGAAUUUCUGAGCAAUUUUGUGCUUUGAGCUACUUUUUGACAAAAAUGGCUACAUUUUUCCACUCUGAUUUUCUUAAAAUAGUUCAGUGUUUUAUAGUCUCUUGGUAGUAAAGUAGUGUUGCUUUCUAAGCUAUAACAGUUGACUUUAUUCUUCUACUCUGAAAAAUCUUGACUUGUGUGAGUGUAUAUAAUAUAUAUAAAGGGAGCCUUAAUGGAUUUGUUUUCAUAAUUUAAUAUUUUUUGUAUUUGCUCUUGUAUAAUUGUUUUUAAUGGAAAGUAUUACAGAAUUGAGGGUGGAAUUCCUAGAACCAAAGUUAUUCUUAAUAAAAAUCACCACAUGCUUGGACCUUG